AUGAGUGAAGGAUCAAACCAUGCCAUUGUCUUCGGUGCGUCCGGCCUGAUUGGCUGGGCCAUCGUCGACCAACUCUUGAGUGCCUACCCUGGCCCCGGCUGCUUCUCCCAGGUCACUGCAGUAACGAAUCGCCCUCUCGAUCUGAACAACACCCAUUGGCCCAAGCCAGAACCGGAGAGGCCGGACUUGCAGCUCGUCUCGGGCAUUGAUCUUCGUCACGGAGACGGGCCGAUAUUGGCAGAUUCCCUGCGGGAGAUGGUCAAGGACAUUGAAACCGUCACGCACAUCUACUACUUGGUAUUCACCGCAGUCGAGGACGACAUCGAGGAGGUUGCCCUGAACCGGCGCAUGUUUCAGAAUGUCAUUGACGCCCACCACUUGACGAGCCCCAAUCUGCAGUUUGUAGCGUUCCCCGGUGGCACACGGGGAUAUGGGAUAUAUGUCCCAGGGGGUACUUUUACUCCCCCAUUGACUGAGGACAUGGUGGACAAUCUCCCCGCCGACUACGCGAAGACGGUUGCGUACCCAGCCUACCGCGAACUCCUUGGGCAACUGAGCAAGGGGAAGAAGUGGACAUGGUGUGAGGUCUGCCCGGAUGCGAUUGUUGGGUUUACCCCGAAUGGCUCUCAAUUCAGCCUGGCAUUGCACUGGGCUCAGUACCUGUCUCUUUAUGCCUACAAUAACGGCGUUGGGCCGCAUACCCACGAAUCUAAGGAUAUUCCUGCCGAAAUACCCUUCCCUGGCAACGUAGCCGGCGCCAACUCGCUGUUCUCUCCCGUUGCCAGUCUGACAAUUGCACGCUUCAUGAUCUAUGCCUCACUGCACCCUGAGACAUGUGGCGGGGGCAGAUUGUUUAACAUUGCUGACAACGAGACGCCGUGCAAGUAUGGUGAGCUCUGGCCCCGGCUGGCUAAUUGGUUUGGCCUGGUGGGCGUGGGACCAUCUGAAGACUCGCAAGCCCAGGACAAUACUUUGAAGGUUGGCGAGCUGCCCCAAACCACGCCAUCAUUGACGCCUGGUGAGUAUGUUGCCAAGUAUAAGGAGAUGUUUGCUCAGUGCGGGAGCGAGAAAGCCGUCAAAGGUGGUGUUGGAGCUGGAAGCCGGCAACUAGACAGCGUGGGCUAUUGGUUGACGUUUGACCGACAAUUGAGCUUGAAGAAGGUGAGGGAGACAGGCUUUGAGGGAGAUAAAGAUCAUGUUCACGCCUGGUUGCAGAGCUUUGAUAUGUUCAGAAAGGCUGGACUGAUACUUUGA